AAAAACAUCUUUUGUUGACGUUUUCUUUGCUGGCUUUUGAUCCAUAAAAACGGGAGAAGUAAAAACGGAGCACACGAUCUUCGGGAAGCAGCCAGAGUUUGAUUAGAAAGUAAUAAUUAUAGUUGCGUCAAUGGUCUAAUAACGUGCGAUAAAAGGUCAAACUUUUGGAGAUCAAGUGCUGUGUGGUGUGCCAUCACUGAAAAUUGAAAUCUUGCGGAAUCCGUUCCGCCACCACAGUCCAAUGAAAAUGACCGCUCCGCGACUAGUUGCCAGGGCUAGUCGCAGUAGAUUCUUCAUCGGGCUUGGCAUACUGAUACUGAUGGCCGGGUUCGUGGCUAUCUUCCAUAGCUCACAGCAGCAGCUGGACGAAUUGCGACAGCUGGGAAUCCGGUGCGAGCAGCAGCAAGAAGCCAUCUCAGCAAAAAUGCAAGUGGUGGUGGAUCAGAAGCUAAGGCUCGAGAACUCGCUAGCUUCGGAGCGUAUGAUAAACGAACAGAAUCGCCUGGAGCAACAACAGAAGACUCAGGAUGAAAAGGAGCAGCACAGCAAGGCAACAAUGGAAGCCAACAUUCGAUACGCUUCCUUGCAGCAGCACUACAAUUUGGUAAAGACCCAGAAGGAUGAUCUGGAAGAGGAAUGCUCCAAAGCGAAAAAGAAGCAACUGGAGGAGAUCAACUCGCUCAAAUUGAAGGUCACGGAACUGCAGGGAAAGGUGUCGCUUCAUCAGAAGGCUUCCGCGACGGAUGUGGAGCAUCUUAAGAACCAAAUCGUCCAACUCAAACAGGAAAAGGCCAACAUAGAAAGCACUUACAGGCAAAAGCUUGCAUACAAAGAUAAAACAAUAGAUAAAUUGAAGGACCACAACGACAAGAUGGAAAGAGAGAACGCUCAGUACAUCGAGCUGUGCAAAAUUCCACCGGAAAAAAUGCCUCAUCAUGUUAAGGCUAGCGAUAUAUUUGACCAGCUGCCUCCUAGCAUCCUCGAAUCCGGUCCGCUGAGAAAUUUCGCUGAGCAGAUUUCCGUGAGUCAAGAUUUGUACAAAAUUCCAGUAGUAUUGAGCAACCGAACUAACCGCCUUGGGUCUAUACGUGAUGGUGAUCAAGAACUAGAUGGUCGUGGUGUUAUUGCUAAGCCUUUUGAAACUAACGAUCAGAUUAAACCCAAAUCAGCCGCUGCCGCAGUCGUUGACGGGGGAGUAAUUAAUUCUGUGGAAAAUUUUCAGAUGAUUCCUAAGCCUCUGCCGCUCGUUUCGACCAAUGAAGAGAACAAGAAGCCAAUGGCGCAAGCCAGUAAUGUGCUUCAGCAGCCUCAGUUGAUGAAAACGUCUACAUCCAUUCCACCGUCUUUGAAUAAGAAAACUUCUGAAAGGAACAGUAAUCUGCAGGUUCCUAUUCUAGCUGCUCCGACGGUCGUUCCGCCUGGUGGCGCCAAGUCUUCGUCUUCUACCACGACGCCAGCCAAUGGUUCAGUCAAAAAGCCCGCCAAUAAACUUCGCUCAAAAGCUCUUCCAGUAGGGGUUGUUCCUUUCCCUGAUAACAUGGAAGAUCUGAUGAAGGUUGAAGAGAACAACAGCGAGAACGCUGUGAACAAACAUUACCUUAAUGCGGCAUCCCAUCAGAAUGCUAAUGCGAAUGGCGAAAAGCGAUCUCGCAGUGACAAAGAUCUAAACUUCAAUAAUGCCGACCAGGAGAAUGGUGCUCAUGAAGUGUUAAAUGACAACGAUUUCAACCUUGGUGGCGGAGUUGGCGCCAACAACAACCAGCUUCAGCAGCCCAAUCUCAAAGAUGCCAAUCAGAACGGUGAAAACGCUGCCGAAGAAGAUACCAAUCUGUACGAUCAGAGGAUAUUCGGGAAUGCACAUCCACAACCGCAGCAGCAGCAUGGAGACUACAACGAUCUGCACCAUCAUCUGGGAGAGCAGAGGAAAGGGGUUGCAGGUAAGAACGGUAUCGGUGAAAAGUUGAUCAAUGAGAUCGUGCGUGAUCAUGGCAAGGAAGGCGAUAACUACCCGAACGAAAUGGAGGAAGAUCUGCACCUGGACGGACUACCGGAAGCGGAAGACGAGGGAGACGAUGGAGAAUAUGAUGAUCCCAAUGCACUGAAGCAGGGCCACGCAGAGCGCAACUAAACCAUCGUUGAGCAAGUUCUUCUGUUUUGUUGAGAAACUUAUGGGUUCUAUAGAAAUAAUAGAUUUGAAAGAAUGGAGACACGACUUUGCUCGGUUGAGAUACGAAAUUCUGAAUAUUGUGGUACAGAAUAUGUUCUAUAAGUUACUAGUAAAUGUGCUUGUUUACCCAUCACGAUGAGAAGAGAACCGUUGCGUGAGUAUGUCGUGACAUCAUUUCCUAAGCCAGGUAGUGUACAUGUAGAAUUAUAGGGAAAUGAAAUACCUAUUUACUCUAAGGCAAUCAGCACUGUUUUUCGUACAUCCUUAGAAUAAAGUGCAUAUAAACGGUAAAGUGAUUGAAUCUUUGUAGCAAUUGCAAUAUGAUACCAACUUCCGUACUUGUUAAAUUUGAGCAUAUGUCUUAGUUUACUCCUUCUAUAGUCUAAGUUAAGCUAAAUGUCUUGAAUUCGCGAACAAGAUACAAUUUAUCAGAUUAAUUCCUAUUUUAUUCUGAUAUUCAACCACGAAACAUACGUCCAUAAUGUAGAUCUCUAUUUAUUAAACUAAUCGUGCUCAAAAGUGAUUUAAGGUUAUUUAGACUCAAUCUUCUUUUAACUACUUUUUUCUUAUGUUAUAGUUUAAAACGAAUCGAAUAUUGUCUAUAAGCUGACUGGUGUCCUAAUACUCUUCAUUUGCCAUACAUCUCAUACUUUCUUGCCGUGAUCAUAACUAAGUACUACAAACUUUAUUUUCAUUUCAACGUACUAUCUGUAAAAUAACUUUUGAACCCGUUGUUGAGCACAAAACCUUUUUGGUAUCCUUUAAUUUCGCGUCAAGCAUUUGAACAUGUGAUUACAGUUAUAACAAUAAUCCACCGGAUAGUGAGCAGCUCGGUUCGUGUCGGAUUAUUUGGAUAAUGCAUUUAAUAGAACACUAUCGGCACCUGCUAACGAAGUAAAGUUAUCCAAAAUAAACCUCAAAAGAGGAGAUUGGCUGAACUUAUUGCUAAUCCGAGAAUUUGACACGUCGUCUAACGAAAAUUAAUCUCCUUUCCAUCAGUAUCAGUGUACCGCGCAAAAAUCUUUUUCAAUAGUCGAAUUGUCAAGUUUUCAUAUGGAUUAGCAAUGACGGCUUUCAUUUUUUACUUAUAAGUGUAAAAUUUUCCAUUCAUGUGGCAACAUAAACGAAAACAGAAUGAAUGUUAGGUAUUUCUACAUUCGCAAUAAACACGUUUAUUUUUAUUAUCAAA